AUAUAACUGAAGUAGGUUUCCAGCACGUUGAAUCUUCUUCUUCUACCCCGUACCAUUCCUUCCGGUUUGGACGCCAUUAGAGAAAGCAGAAAUGGCUAUUCGGUAUCCCAUGGCGGUUGGCCUUAAUAAAGGCCACCCAGUGACCAAGAAUGUGACCAAGCCCAGACACAGCCGCAGGAGAGGGCGUCUUACCAAACACAGCAAGUUUGUGCGGGACAUGAUCCGCGAGGUGUGCGGUUUCGCCCCCUAUGAGAGGCGUGCGAUGGAGCUGCUGAAGGUGUCCAAAGACAAGCGAGCCCUCAAGUUCAUCAAGAAAAGGGUGGGAACUCACAUCCGUGCAAAGAGAAAGAGGGAAGAGCUCAGCAACAUCCUGGCUGCAAUGAGAAAGGCUGCUGCCAAGAAGGAGUAACCUGGAUCAUUGGACAAAUAAAUUUGUGUUUCAAAUUCCA